AUGGAGGACAUUGAGAUGCAGUUGGAGGAUUUGAAUAUUGAAAAUGAAGAGAAUGAAGAAUUAGUUUUUGAUGAGGGAGUGGAGGAGGAAUGCAACAGGUUUGAACUGUGUAUUGUGGGUCGUUUUAUGACUGAAAAAAACAUCAACCAUCGAGCAAUGAGAACAAAGCUUGCUGAUCUAUGGAAACGUGCAAUGGGCAUCAACAUCAAAGAACUCAAGUCUGGGAUCUUCUUGUUCCAGUUCUACCAUAAAGAUGAUAUGAAUUGGGUGCUUAGUAGUGGUCCAUGGACAUUCGAUGGUGCGCUUCUGGUGAUGAAUACAGUAAAAAUGGGUGAAGAUCUUGUCAAUGUCUUGUUGAAUGAAGUGGAUUUCUGGAUACAGAUCCAUGAACUUCCGGUAGGAUAUAUGACAGAAAUGGUGGGCAAACAAUUGGGUAAUUUCUUUGAACGAUUCUGUAGAACGAAGCUAGAGACUACUGAUGGAGAAAUUGUUAAGGAAUGGGGACAUUGGCUCCGUGCUCCACCACGAAGAGUAGCAGGUGGUAGUAAAAGCAAGUGGCUUCGGGAGGAAGGUGCCGGCGACUGGGGACCGCGGAAAGGAAUGGAUAAUCACAGUGCAGAAAAUCAGGGAAUUCAAAAACCUGAAUUUGCGCGUCCAACAACUAAUUCGCGUAUUCAAAGGGAUAAGGGAUGCGGAGAUGAAUACGGAAAUAAUAUGACAGCUAAGGCGGAGAAUUCAAAUUCAAGUAAUAUUAGUGGGCUGGACUCGGAAGAAUUAUAUGGGCUAAAUUUGGAGGAAAGAAAGCGGCAGAGGAUAGAAGCCCAAGUUCCUAUACUACAGACACAACAAACAGAUAUCUCAACCAAGGACCCUACUCAUUCUCAUGGUGAUUGUGCAGAUAGAAUUGGACGUAGUAGAAGUUUGGCGGAACUAUGGAAACAAGCUGCACAUUGUCAAGUAGCUGGUUAUUCUAGUCACCAUAUUGAUAUGUUGUUUAUGGAUAAUAAUAUUGUCUCAUGGCGUCUUUCAUGUUAUUAUGAAUAUCCAGAGCGUACAAGACGUAGAGAAUCUUGGAGUUUAAUUCGUAGAUUGGCAAACAUAUCGAAUGUCCCUUGGUGCAUAUGGGGAGAUUUCAAUGACCUACAAUUUGCUUCUGAUAAAAAAGGUACAAUUGCACAUCCUCAAUAUCUUCUUGAUGGUUUUCAAAAUGUGAUUGAAGAAUGUCAAUUGUCUGAAAUAAGCUUAAGAGGUGCAAAUAGUCUGAAAAUUGUGCAUGCGUCAGUCUUUGAUCAUGAGCCAAUUAUUCUGGAGCUAUUAAAUACUAAAAUAUCGAAGAAAGAUUUUCGCUUCCGGUUUGAAAACAUUUGGUUGAAAGAGCCAAAUUUUAUUAAAGAAGUUUAUGAAAUCUGGGCUUCGACUCCAGUGGUUCAUUUACUCCCAAAAAUUGUGGAGGUCACUUCGUUCAUGGCCAGAUGGGGGAGAUCUUUCUUUCAUAAGUUUAGAGAGGAGAUACGGGAGCACAAGGCAAAACUAUAUGAACUUGUGGAUUGUGAGGAUGCUGAUAGUAUGAAGAAGUAUCUAAGUGAGAAGGAACAAUUAAAUACACUUUUACUUCAGGAAGAGACCUACUGGAAACAACGUGCUAAAUUAUUUUGGCUCCGUGAAGGUGAUGGUAACACUCGUUUCUUUCAUGCCUCUGCCUCUGCUAAAAAGAAGGCAAAUAAAAUUUCUUUCUUGACCAAUGAUGAUGGGGAAAAAAUCGAGGAUCACAGUGGGAUGUGUGAAGUUGUUCGGGAGUAUUUUGCCAAGUUAUUUACUGAGGAGGAAGGGAUAACUAAUAUGAAAAAAUCCUGA